UAAACAAAACUCGAGAAUGGUGGGUGGAAAAAUCGAAAUUUUUUUUUCCAGAAUUUUCAAAUUUCAAUAAAAUUUUAAAAGAAAUAAAAUGUCCGAAUUUGUUGAAUAUCAUGAAAUAACGAAUCGUUUGAAAAAACGUUUCAAUUUGAUUCGUAAACCAAAUUUAAAAGAAUCAUCAGAAUCUUAUCGUAAACUGGCACAACAAUUAACAUCGUAUCCAAAUUAUUCGGGUUUUUGUUUAUAUUCAGCUUCGAAAUGUGAACAUCAAAUUGUUGGAUCAUUAAAAGAACAAUUAAAUCAAUCGUCAAGUUCAUCGUCAAUUGGUGACGCAACAACAAAAUCCGAUUCCCAUUCGCAAUCAUCAAAUCGAUCAUCAUCAUCAUCAUCAUCGAAUCGUUCGAAUCAAGCAUUAGAAAAUCUUUUAUCCGAAGCAUUAUGGAUUGAAUUUCAAACAUGGCUAGAUACAGCUCGAAUGUUUAGUCAAAUUGAUUCAAUUGAAAUGGAUUUAAAUGGUGCAAUAUCGGCUUAUGCACAUGCAAUACAAACUUGUCCAUCACCACGUAUUCUAACAUUAGUUUUGAUUGAAUUAGCUGAAUUUUAUAGAAAAAAUGAACGUUUUUAUGAAGCUGCUGAAUCAUUUAUUGAAGCCUGCCAAUUUCGUGAUGCAAUUGAUUGUUUGAUUUGUGGUCAUUUUUAUCAAGAUGCAUAUCAUUGUUAUCAGGAAAUGUUUAAAAAACAACCAAAUUUUGAAAAAUUUUCACAUCUUACCGAUGCAAUAUCAUCGGCAAAAAUUUCUUCGACGAAAUUGUCUUCAACAGCAACUUCAAAAGCAAAUCCGUCAUCAAUUCUGCCACAAAAAUCAUCGAUUCUUUCAUUGUUCAAAAAGAAACAACAAAAUUCCGAAUCAACAUUUAUGAAAUCACCAACCGAUGAUUUAUCAAAACAUUCGAACAAUCAUUCGAAAUUUCCACCACAUAAAGUGGAUGGAAAUAAUCCAUUUGAUUUUUGUGAAAAUCAAUUAACAAUCGAUGAUUAUAUUACAUUUUUCUUGUUACGACUUUAUCUUUAUGAUCCGAUCAAAUAUGAAUAUCCAUCACCAAUUAUACCGAUACCUAAACAUUCAAUAUUAAAACAAUAUGAAUAUGAUCAAAAUUUCAAAGAAGAAUUAGAUGAUGAUGAUGAUGAUACAACAGAAUUCUGUACGGAUCAGAAUAAAAAUGGCUCAUCAUCAAAAACAUCGAAUCAAUAUUUAUUAAAAGCAUCUGAAUUAUCAUUACCAUUUAUCGAUAUGAUUAAUAGUUGUUGGUUAGAUCGUUCGAUUGAUGAUGUUUUGAAAUUAAAUCAACUUUUAGAAACAUUAUAUUUAUCAUAUCGUAAUGAACUACGAUCAUCAUUAGAUAAUGAAUAUUCUGAUUAUGAUAUUAUACAAUUACCACAAUCAAAUGAUGAAUUGGAUGAUGUUGUUGAUGAUAAUAAUGAUAAUGAAAUGAUAAAAACAAAAUCAAAAGAAAUAUCUGGUAAAAAACAUGGUGGUGAUUCUGAAGAUUCAGAAGAAACUGAAUUUGCUGAUGAAGAUAGUAGUUUUUCAUCGAUUUUAGGACAAAGUACACGAUAUGAUUCAAAAGAUUCAUCGGAUGAUGAACAACAACAACAACAUAAUGAUGGUCAAAAAUCAUUGCAUUUACAUCCAGGUAAAACGUUAAUGACGGCGGGUUCAUCAGGUGGCGGUGGUCCAACUAGUCCAGGAUUAAAAUUAUUAGAAACCGGUGAAUUGGAUGAUAUAAGUGCACGGUUAAAUUUUCUGGCAAAUCGAAAACCAUCAUCGAAUUCGAAUGUUUCGAACGUUUCGAAAAAAGAAUCGAUAGAAUCGAUACUUGAAUCCAAAAAUCCAAAUAUAGAAAUUCUUAUCCGGAAAAAAUUGGAACAAUUUGAAUUCGAUUGGAUGGAUAAAAAUAAUAUUGUUUCGAAUGAAUCAAAUAAUGAUAAUAAAUUAGAAGAACAAUCGUUUGUUGAUCAAGAUGGUCAAGAUGUUGAUGAUCAAGAUGAAAAAAAUGAUUAUUUACGACAAGAAAUUGCCCGAAAACUGUAUCCAUUAUUAAAUUCAAAUCAAAUACAAUUAUUGUAUGAUAUUUUAAAGGAGAAAGAAUGAUUUUUUAAAGUUGAAUAAAUAAUAAUUGAUGAAAAAUUUUUUUGAUUAUGAUGAUG